CUAUUUUGAAAACGAAAGUUAUUUUUUCUGAUGGUGGGGGUGGGGAUAUCUAGUGUUAGUUCCAGUUAAACAGCCAAUCAAAAAGCAGAUUUGAAAUCACCUUAUUUGCAUAAAAGACUUCUACAGGCUGAUUUGACCCAAUCAGGAAUUGAGAUAGAUUAAGCACCUAUUUGCAUAGAAGCCCUACAAAAAUAGGCCAACAUUGUAACAGGUGUUGUCAGUUUUUGUCUGUUUGAUAACUGUACACCAUGCCUGAACUGGCUAAAUCUGCUCCUGCUUCCAAGAAGGGUUCUAAGAAGGCGGUGACCAAGGCGCAGAAGAAGGAUGGCAAGAAGCGCAAGCGUAGCCGCAAGGAGAGCUACUCCGUAUACGUGUACAAGGUGCUAAAGCAGGUCCACCCGGACACUGGCAUCUCGUCUAAGGCCAUGGGCAUCAUGAAUUCGUUCGUCAAUGACAUCUUUGAGCGCAUCGCGGGCGAGGCGUCGCGCCUGGCGCAUUACAACAAGCGCUCGACUAUCACCUCCAGGGAGAUCCAGACGGCCGUACGCCUGCUGCUGCCCGGGGAGCUGGCCAAGCACGCCGUGUCCGAGGGUACCAAGGCUGUCACCAAGUACACCAGCUCCAAGUAA